CAGUGUGUUGUCAAAACUGCAAGUUAUAGAAAACACGAGAGGCAGCGUGACUCGUGAAAAACACAAAAUUUCCAUUGAAAAAAUGUUAAAAGUCCAGGAAGAUCUGAAGGUGGAGGGUUACACGUUGGCCGUGCCCUCGGUGUCCGUAGGCAACGUCGGCCAAUUGAGCGUCGACCUGUUGAUCUCGACGCUGGGCAUGUGCCGGGUGGGUCGGAUCUACGACGACUGUUUCAUCCCACUCGCGGGGUCGGAUCCUUACGACGAGAGCAGCGAGGAUAUUUGCACGGCCGUGGAUGUUUACGUCAGUCACGAGAGUAAAAUCGUCGCGGUGCAGAUAAGGUCGCCGCUCGUGAGAAGGCCAACGAGUUUUUUUCACGAGGUGCUGAAUUUCGUGACGGACCGCAAGAUUUCAAGGGUGAUCAUUUUGACGAGUAGUUUUGGGCACGAAAAAAGGGACAAAGAGUUGAGGACAGUUCCAUUUCGUUAUUUGGCCACUGAAAACGUAACUGCGGAAUGUGGCAAACAGUUUGAUGCGUUGUCUUGGAUAACUUUGGAGCCGAAACAAGAUGAAUUCAGUGGUCAGUCGAUUUUGCAGAUUCACGGGGGUGGUUUUGCCAAAACUAUGUUCGAUCUUCUACAGAAGGAAAAUGUUCCUUGCACAGUGAUACUUAAGUUUUGUUCGGAAGGUGAUAACAUACCGGAUGCUUGCGAGCUGAUCAACUAUUCAAAUCAGUGGCUAAAGAUUAUUCCAGUUCACGAUAACAAUUUGUGUAAAUUGAAAUUUCCACCUUCUUGGAAAUUUUUGUUUGGUAAUUUGCCACCUAAAGAGUUGUAUUAAUAAAAAAUACAAUUUUUGUA